AUGGUUCGAGUAUCCAACUUUGAAGAAAAUCUGCCGAAAAGCCUACCAGCCCGAGAUUUUGUUGAGCAGACGGCUGCCGAAAAGUUACACGCAGUCAUUCAAGAGAUGAAAACAAACAACGAGAUCUUCGAUGUUGUCCUAGCCUCAGAUACUGUAAUUUACUUUGAAGGAGAGAUUAUUGGUAAGCCUACAGAUGCAAAGGAUGCCUUCAGGACUUUGCAGAGGUUACGAGGACAUGAACACUUUGUGUACACUGGUGUGGCUUUGGCGUAUAACGACGGUACUGAGGAAGUGUUCAGUGAAGAGACACGAGUGGAAUUUGGGGAUUACCCGGAUCGAAUAAUUAAACAAUACGUCGACAGUGGGGAACCUUUGACGCGAGCUGGCUCGUACGGAAUCCAAGAAUACGGUGCAGUAUUCGUGAAAGCGGUACAUGGAUGCUUCAGCAACGUGGUCGGCUUACCAAUAUACAGGGUCCAUAGUGCUUUAGUCGCUAAAGGGAUCCUAUAG